AUGAUCUCUAAUAAUAAUAGAAUGAAUGACGAAACCUAUCACUAAAUAAGAUAAAGAAAAGUGAGAUAUGUUAAAGACGCUUGGCAUGCAGUUUAAUAAUGGAGGGACUUGUUUGAAAAUGGAUAUUAUGAGAUUAAUGGUAAUAUUGUGUACCCAAAUUGUAAUUAAGCAGCUUUGAAGGUUGGAAUUCCAUUAAGAACUCUUUAAAUGUAUCAUAAAACCUUUAAGUAUUGCUUUAUUUUUUCUAAUAGAAAUAUCUCUAAAUCCAUCUAGAUUGACAGAUUUUUGAAUCAAAAGAUGGGUCGACUAUAUAAAUUCAUUCAAUAACAUAAAAAACAAUUUGCUAAAGAGUAGAAAUAAGAAAAAGAAGUUGAAUAAGAAUAAGAAUAGGUAGCCUGGGAUAAUAUGAUUAUAGAAGCGGAUGAUUAAUUCUCAGUUAAAAUAGAACAAGAUGACCAACAUAAGCAUUAAUAAAAUUAUAAAUGA